AUGGAAGUUGCCGGAUUUGUCGUUGGGGUCCUCCCUCUUGCCGCGCAGCUCUUCCAAUCCACCCUGAUCCUCUAUUCCCAGUACUCCGAUGCCCAGGACGUCGGCAAGACGUCCACCAAAUACCGGACAUUCCUCCAGAUCGAGCGGCACCGCUACGAGAAUGUCGGAGUCUAUAUCGGCCUGACUAGUCAGGGCCAGGGGGCUCCCGCAGUCCGCCUAAGCCCUGCAACUCUAAAUCUCAUCCUCGACAUCUUGGCACAAAUUGCCCAAGCUCUGCUCGAGACACAGAAGCUCGAAAGAAAAUACAGUUUCCACAAUAAUUCCUCCCCAUCGCGGACGGAGACUUCUGCUUCCAGUUCUGCACCUAGCCCGCCGCCGGAUCCGCUUCACGCCGCGGUAUCCAGCCGGCUGGAGCGCCACGUCGUGAUUGCACAAGAGGUCAAGAAAAGUGUGUCUCUCAUCUCCAGUCUGCGGUUUGCGGUAUGGGACAAGCCCAAGUUCGAACAGUUUAUCGUGGAUCUCCGGAACCUCAAUGACGGGCUCGAGAAUGUUACUGGCUACCAAGCUCAGCUUCGGAGCCAGCUGAUGGUGCAGAUGCUGGACGUAAAAGCGAUCCAGGACCUGUCCGCGCUCAGCAUAGCGACUGCGGCGGUUUACCCUACGCUUUCGGAGAUGGCCAAGCGGAAGGCGGCGUACCUUGACAUGCGGGACCGGCAGUUGCAGAAGACCGCCGGAGGCCCGCUGCAGCCGGGACAGGGAUCGGAGCUUAAGCUUGAUUAUUGCGAGCUCGUUAUGCGGAAGGAAGCACAUCCAACCGGGCGGACGUUUGGGACAUAUAAGGGCACGCCUAUCAUGGUUGAGUGGAGGCUUAUCACCAAUUUUUACGACGAGAGUAUCUCGAGAGUGCAAGAUAUGGUAAUGUUUCUGGCAAAGAGUAGUGUCGCCCAGGAUGAUACUCUAUCUCCUUCCCAUCUACUAGGAUGCAUGGGGUAA